AUGGAGUUCUUGGGCGCCGCAGGCAUUCUUGGUAAGGCUAGAUCCAUUGUUUCAUCCAUUCGUGGACUUGUGCAACGGGAAUAUUCUGAAUCAUCUUCGACAAAGGGCGAUUUGAGCUGUAGCGAAGAUGAGAUAAAAGACUUGGAGAAGACAGCUGAUCAGCCUGAUUACACUCGUCAACAUGAUGACAAGCUGAUGAUCGAUCGAAGGUGUGCAAUGACAAGGGAUUACCCGCCCCCAAUACCUCCGCUUGCCUAUGGGAAUUUGACGGCUCGCAUGCCUUACGUUUUGACCAGACAUUAUGCUCAUGGAAAGCUCAUCCUUCAAGUCGAGAGAGUGAAGCAUCAUGGGUACUUUGAAGCACGUACGGAAAAUGGUCGGCUUAUCUUAAAUCUCCUAACCCUUGACGGCAAAUGUUGUCACGGUGUUUGCGAGGACAACGAGGAGCUCGAACUAGAAGAUGAUCUCCAGCUCGUCGAAGAUAAAGAUAAAGAGGAGUCAGAAGAAUAUCAAGAAACUGUAAUUGAUUGUGAUUACCUGGGCCGGCUAGAUGGCUUUGCCAUUGAGGUGGUAGCUUAA